ACUUUCCUUUCCGCCGAUAAGAGAGAGAGAGAGAGAGUUAAAGCUAUGAGUUUUAGAGAGAGAAACAGUAACCGAAGCAAACCCAGAUUUACUACUCUCCUGCUUCAUAUGGGUAUUUAGAGAGAGAAAGAGAAACAGUGGGGAGGAGCGGAAGAGCUCGACUUCUUUCAGACCCACAUCGUGCUUUCUUUCCAAUUUUCCUUUCUUUCACAAUCAUGGUUGCAAGAACCCCACCAAAGCAGAGGAGAAUGUUGGCUCCUCUCAACCCUGUUCUUCUCAGAGAAACCCUCAAGAAGGUGGAUAAAUGUAUGGCAAGAUUGCAAGAGCUACAGUACACAGUUGCAGGCGGCACAAAGGUGAUAUCAGGGGUGAGUCUCAGUCCUAGGAGUACCAGAGGUUACUUGAAGACGAGUCUCAGGUGCAAACAAGAAUCUAUGAGGAUCAAGAAUUCUACCGGUAGGAAAUCUCCAGUUGGGAAGUUUCCAACAAGUACAGGGGAAUGGAAGAGGAUGUCUUUACCAGCGAUGUUAGUUGGCGAAACAGUGGGGGAAAUCCUUCAAGCAACUCAGUUUACAAGAGAUAUAGUGGCAGCAGUUGCUAACAAAUCCAAGAAAAUAGCUCCGGAGGAUCCGAAGACGCCAGAGACAGAACAGAGGAAACAAAGACCACAGCUGGAAGACACAGAACUCAGAACUAGAAGAAGAAGGGAGAAGCAGAACAAGCUACAAUCGAUGAGAUCAGAAUCUGAUUCCCCAUCCCUUCAAAGGGCUCGUUCCCGGAUUAAUUUCAAGGUUUCUCCUUUGAAAAUAAAAGAACUUGAGAAAGAAAACAACCGGUUUUUGGCAAACAGGGUUUCACCAAGGAACAAGCCAUGGGCUAAGAAGACUGUUCUGUUCCCAAAUCCCCUGUUUCAUUCAACAUCAUCUACACAGCAGCAGAGGUUUUGCAAGACAAGGUCUCCGGUGAUUGCAAGAAACAGAGGAACCCCACAUAAGUUCUUGAUCAAGUCUCCUCCAUCAGCUUCAAAGUUUCAAGCGAAGAUCAAAUGCCCACCGGUGGUGUCUCUUUCUCCUCCUAGACGAACAAUCUCUAGCAAGAAGUCACCAAGGUUGUCUACUGCUUCAAAACUGAGAAGAUCAUUCUCGCCUUCACGACUAGCUAAUAAAUUGGUGUCCCCAUUGAAGAGCAGAAGACAGAGCAUAGACAAAAGUGGACCCAUAACUAGAUUGAAGCAGCGCCCUACGGCAAUGCCUAUGCGAUUCUCAACAGGGAGAAUGAAUGGCCUCUGAAUUUUCCCAUCUGUUUCUCACAAGGGCUUUCAAAGUUGAGAAACUGUUCAAGAUAAUUUUUCUCAGUGUCCAUAGUUAAUUUAUUGUACUGAAUGUCUCUCUGUAGUCACUUUCCCCCUAUAAUGCCUUUCAAACUGGACUUGCUUCUAUGAAACACAAGUGUAUUCUUCUCCCAGAAGUACCGGAUGUUCUUGCUCUUCCCAGGAACUCUCUCUUGUUCGAAAACGGAUUGCUGUUUGUUGAAACUUCAUGUUUGUUUUUUUCCCCUGGAUUUCCGCUGUUUUAAUAAAUCUCCGAGUCACAGAUUGUAAGUCUUGUUAUUCCUCCAACUUUAGUUUCUAGAUGUAUAGAGGGAGAACCUUUAUUAGUUGAGAUUCCAAAUAAAGGGUCCAAUUGGCUGACUGUUAAAGUACAGGGAAGAUGGAACAACUUGUAUAUGAUUUACACAGGUAUUUUCAUA